AUGGAAAGGAUCUACAAUGCAAAGCGCUACCCAGACGAAAAUAGAUUGACUUUCACGGAAUACUUGUUAACUAGGGAAGCUAGUCACUGGUGGAGUAGUAUGAAGAUGAUUUUAGAGGGGAAUGACACUCCUAUCUCCUGGGAGUUAUUCAAGAAGAAGUUUUACACUGAGUACUUUCCAAAUAGUGUAAGGUUUGUAAAGGAGGUGGAAUUUCUUGAGUUGGUGCAGGGCAAUAUGUCAGUAUUAGAAUGGGACAUCAAGCUGCUAGUAAAAGGGCUGCGUAUUAGAGAGUUUCCCGCUUUGGUGAAGAUGGCCCGUGAGAAGGAAAAGACUAAGAAAGAAGCAGAAGAGCCUCAGAGUCAGCAGAGCCAGCCAUUGAGGGUUGGAGGACCAGUGGCAUCUCGAGGUGGUUCCAAUUCUAGGAGGACCCCUUUUUCUAGACCUAUUUCUUCUUGGUCCAGGGGUUCUUCCUCACAGUCUUUUGUACAACAAGGGCAGUCUAGUUUUGCUAGCUUUGUGAGAUGCUAUGUAUGUGGUGGGCCGCAUCUUCAGACAGCUUGUCCUCAGAUGGUGGGAUUCAAGAGGUGUAACAUUUGUAGGCGAGAUGGUCACUACACUAGAGACUGUCCUACAGCUAGGAGGGCAAGACCACAGUCACAUCAUGCGGGAAGAGUAGUACAGAGGGGUGGUAAUCUUAUUGUUAGCAGCUGUUUGUUGUUUGGAGCUUCUUGUGUGGCUUUAUUUGAUUCGGGGGUGACACAUUCUUUUGUGUAUGAGACUUGUGUGGAGAGGCUGGGUUUAGUAGUUAGUGAGCUUCAGGUUGAUCUAGUGGUGACGAUACCAACAAUUGGGUUGGUUAGGACAUCUACUGUGUGCUCUAGAUAUCCUAUUGAGUUUGAGGGGCGUAGGUUCAGAGUGAACCUUAUUUGCUUACCUCUACAAGAACUAGAGGUAAUCUUGGGAAUGGAUUGGUUAGCUGUCAAUCUCAUUCUUUUGGACUGUGGUGAGAAGAGGCUAGUAUUUCCUAAUGGAGAUGAAGACAUGUCCUUGUCGAUAGGCAUGUUGAGGCAGGAUAUAAUGGAAGGCGCCAGUUGUUUCUUGAUCAUGUCUCAUACAGAGGUGGCUCAAGACUUUAACCUUUCGGCUCAUGGAAAGCAGAGUAUAGAUCUUGAGAUUGUGAACGAUUUCUUGGACGUAUUCCCUAAAGACGUUCCUGGUUUACCUCUUCCACGAGAGGUAGAGUUCUCUAUAGACCUGGUGUUAGGAGCAGGGCUAGUGUCUAUAGCCCCGUAUCGGUUGGCUCCAGCUGAAUUGGCUGAGUUGAAGAAGCAGAUUGAAGAUCUUUUAGAGAAGCAGUUUAUCAGGCCUAGUGUUUCGCCAUGGGGAGCACCCGUGUUGCUAGUAAAGAAGAAGGAUGGUAGCUCCAGGUUGUGCGUUGAUUAUCAGCAGCUGAAUAAGUUGACUAUAAAGAAUAAGUAUCCAUUGUCGAUGAUAGAUGAUUUAAUGGAUUAG